UAAACGUGUGCGUGUGUUGUUUUGAUUGUGUAAAAUCAAUAUAAACAAGAAACAUUUUUAAUUUAUAAUGGAUAUACUCAAAGCAGAAAUUGCUAAAAAACGCAAGCUUCUUGAAGAAAAAAAUGUACUUAAUCAGAAUAAAAAGUAUUUCAAACGUGGGGAGUUAUUGGCUAAGGAGCAAGAAGAAUACUUGAAGAAAUAUGGACCCCAGAUUAAAGAAGAAGAUACUGACAAAUCGAGGGAAGAAAAGAAAGAAAAAGUAACCAGACAAGAUAGCACAGAAGUAGAGCAGACAGACACAGUAUCAUUACCUAGGGCUGAAGUCAUCAAGCGUCUGCGAGAGAGAGGUCACCCCAUAUUGUUGUUUGCUGAGAGUGAGAGCCAAUCGUUCAGAAGACUUCGGAGAAUAGAAAUCCAGGAGCCUGAAGCAAAUAGAGGAUUCCGCAAUGACUUCCAAGAAGCAAUGGACAAAGUUGACCAGGCUUACCUGAAUGAAAUCCUGGCAUUAGGCACACAGAGUGAAUCAGAUAAAAACAUGAAUGAUGAUGCCUUAGAUGACGCAGUCACAUAUGAGUUUAUACAAGAAAUGGCAAAAACUAUGGGCCAAGGUGACAGGAUUCNCAGGAUCCAUGAUAUGAAUGUGAUAAUGGCAUUAUUGCAGUUCCUUCUAACAAUGUGGGGACAGCAACUUAAUUCAGCAACAGCAGCAGAGAAAACUUCUGUAAAACACAAAAUGGCAAGAGCUACUUACACACAGACACAAGUGUAUUUAAAACCCCUGAUGAGAAAAUUGAAAAAGAAAACACUUCCCGAAGACAUCUGUGACAGCCUCAUGGAAAUUACUAAGCAUUUAUUGGAAAGGAAUUACAUUAUGGCCAGUGACGCGUAUCUUCAAAUGGCCAUUGGCAAUGCCCCCUGGCCCAUUGGUGUGACCAUGGUAGGUAUCCAUGCCCGUACCGGUCGUGAGAAGAUCUUUUCUAAAAACGUGGCGCACGUGAUGAACGAUGAAACACAAAGAAAAUACAUUCAAGCCCUGAAGAGACUCAUGACCAAAUGCCAAGAAUAUUUCCCGACCGAUCCAUCUAGAUGCGUAGAAUACACGACAACUAGAUAAUAAAUAAUAACAAUAAUGUU